AUUCCUGUCUGCCAAAGAUUCGCAAAAAUGACAAAUAUACAGCCUGCUCGACUCUACACCGAAGAAUUAGAGGGUCCUGUUCAUUCUUCUGGACUAAAGUUCCUACAGUACGAUUGGCGCGGGUAUUCCGAGCGCCUUGAGCACGAAAACCAACGACUCCAUCAAUCACUCACUGUGCUCAGCAACGCGAGAGACCAGGAACAUGAAAUAGUCGGUCGAUUAGAAGCGCAGAAUGCCAAAUUAGAGCAUCGCGCUGGGGAAAUGACCCAGUCUCUCAAUACAAUCAACACAGAGUAUUCUCGAUUGCGCACCGAAUACCAUCGCCUAACACAAGCCCUGGCUCAAAGUCAGAACCGUGAGAGUAUUGCAUGGUCAUCUUACGAACAACUUCGCAACCUGUUCUCAGGCAAGGCGAAAGACGGAGGGACAGAUGUUGAUCUCAACAACGCAGAGUCACUCAGACUUUGUAUUGUCAAUCUGGUUGUCAAAUCUCAAUGGAAAGAGAUGGAUAUAAGAGGCCUGCAAACAAAAGUCAAUACUCAACAGGCCGAGAUUCAGAGACUCAUGAUGGAAAUUGGUCGUCUUGAGGCUAUGUCAUUGAGCCCGAGCUCGUCAGGUGAAAGCGAUGCCGAUACAAUUGAAGAGGAAAAGGAGUCAGUCGAUCAUUCAUGAAUGUCUCACCCGUCCUUACCUCCAAAACGGUCACUCUGCUAGCUACAAGG